AUGGAAAAUACUGAUAUGUCAACUCUCCUGCUGGUUAUACUGCUUGCAUUGACACCAAUAAAACAGCAAUUAAUUUUAAUGUGGUUGAUCUCGAAUAUACCACUGAUGGGUCAAAUUAAUACUAACUCUGUACUGCCCCAUGUACAAAGUGCGAAUAUAAUGCCAAUAAUUGUACAGAGUGCAUAUUUACUUUUACAUUAAGUCAGAGUAUACAAUAUCAAUGAAAUUGCUGCCAGUGCUAUUUUCUGUUGAUCCUCAAAAAUAUUAGUACUUCUAAAUGCUUAACAUGUUUAGAUUCUAAUCAGAAACAUAUAUCUACAUCAUCAUCAUGUGAUUGCAAAUCCAUCUAUUAUUCUGAUAGUCUUAUCAUAUGGGCAAAAUUUUAAGAACCAUGUUAUGAAUGUGAUACAAACGGUUGUAUCAACUGCAAAUAUAUAAAUCAAAUUCUCUAUUCCAAUAAAUAGUUUAUUUGCAAAUCUGGAUAUCUUUCAUAAGGGUUUGUAUGACUUUAAUGUUAAAAUCCAUGUUCUGCAAGUAUUAAUAAAGUUACCUAAUGCCCAACAUAUGUAGAUCAAAUUUAGAGUGUGUAAAAUUAUUAAUGUUUAAGUAAAGAAGGGUUUUUAUUGA